AUGCGCUGCGGCCGCCUCACAGCCUGUCAUGCAGCAGCGGCGCCGUACGUGCCUGGCGAGGCGGCCGCCAGCCGGGGGUUGCAGUGGACACCGCAGCAGUUGUGCUACCGGCAGCUCAUGAAGAGUCUGCGCGCGGCAUACUUUCACGACCGAUCGAAACUCUUUUGGUCGCGUCACCGAGUACUCGUGGAGUUCUACAAGUACUCCAGCGAGACGGACGAGGAGGCAGUUCGGCAGCUUGUGGGCGUCGGUCUCGAGGUCGCGGCGUUUAUGCAGCACCACAUGCGCACGGACGUGGAACGCAUCAUCAAGCACAACGAGACGAUGCUCAAGCUGCCGGUGGACAGGGCGAAGAAGUUCCGCGCCGACUACCUGCUCGCUGAGAAGCAGCAUGACUCGUGGUGCAAACAGAAGAUUAAGGCCAUUUUGAAGCGCCGACCGCCCCCGCCGUACCCGUUCUUCUAA